CUGAAGCCGGAACUAUUUCAGUGAUGCACAGCCGUUGAUAACUGAGCAUGGCGUCGGGUCAUUUAUGCAAACUACACAGUCUCUUAACUCGACUUUCUAACGGCACCACAUUAAGACAUGUACAAACAUGUGUGGUGCCAAUGCGACAGAAGUCCAGCGGUUCUUCACUUGAUGAUAACCACAAUGUGGAUAUUGGUGUGACCUCAGAUGGGAAAACCAUCGUGUGUUACCAUCCCAUUGUUGACGUUCCCUAUGAGCUCACUCAGCCCAUCGAGCGACCAAACCCCCUGAACAACCCGAUUGAGUCGCAUGACCAGAUGUUAAAGGCCCACCUCAGCAAGGAGGUGCUGAGGGACAAAAAGGGCCCGACCAUAGAGGAGCUGAGCAAGAUGUUUUUCACCACCAAACACCGGUGGUACCCAGUCGGACAGUACCACCAGAGACGCAGGAAGAAGGAUCCCCCAAAGGACAGAUAGUUGAAGGCCAGAGUUUCAGAAUUGCAAAUAAUGUUGUUUGUGUUGUCACAAUGAUGUAUAAUAAACUGUUAAAUAUUA